AUGGAUCUGCCCCUACCACACAAAUGUGAAGUAAUUUAUGAAGAUACCUCGAGUGACAAACUGUCCGAGAGAAUAAACAACGGAAGCCAUGAAAGUGCAAACCCGUGCAAAAUCUCCAGCAACGCAGCUGUUGAUAAAAAUUGUUCUGAUCACAGAUCGUCUAUUAGAAAAGGACAAGAACUACCCAGUUCCAUGACAGAGACAUUUUCAGAUAAGCCAACCACGUCACCAGAGUCAUUCUAUCAGGAAAAUUCAACGUCAAAUGGGUCAACCUACUUGGAGAAGACAACUAUCAGUGCAUCACCAGAGGCUCAUUUGUCUAAACUGAAGUCAAUUCACCGGAAGAACAAACAAAUACAAAGACUGCGCCGUUUACGUCGUUGUCUUCAUUUCUUCAUUACACACGUGCUGGGACUUUUAGCCAUUCUCGUCAGUAUCGUACUUCUCGCUUAUGGCUACAUGUUUUCUCUACGUAAUUUCCUAGUCGGUGGAUGCAUUUUACUCUUAGCGGCAGUGGGAUUUCUCAUUCACAUUUGUUUUGCUGAUCGCGUUGGAGCGAAUAAAUUCGAUCCAAACUCCGUUGCCUUUUCAAUUGCGGCAGAGGAUCUUCGAGACUUUACAGUACCAUCCAUCGUUGAACCACUGCAACCAGACACGCUCUCAGGGAAACAACAACAGCAGGAACAGACAAGAAACAUUACCAGUGAACCACAACCCCCCCUGUCUGGCACCACUCUCCAUCCAGGUUUCUCUAACGUGCAAGUAAAACGAAUGAGCAUGGUCCUAGCACGUAUGGCCAGUAAUUCACUUCAGGUACCCAAACACUACGAAAGCAAUUCUUCAAAUGUACUGAAUCUUGCGCGCAGAUUGACAAUGGCCAGUUCUGUAAUGACCGGGAACGAUGGAGCACUGGUAAACGGGUCUAACUGGAUGACGGGAUCACGAUUUCGUCACGGAGUUCGCCGCAGUUUGGCUUGGAACGCAACCGGAGCAAGUCGAUUUUACGACCGGAAUUAUGACUAG